CGCACUUUCCUUCUAAGCCUGAAGCAUUACUUUUAGCCGUACAAAAACUCAAACACAUUCCUUUACGAUGUAUACCUUUCAGCAAGCGGCUGAUGCUGCUCGCUUAUGUAUGCAAGAGAUCACUGAACGAGGCCUUGACGAACGAAAGAUUCUUUUGAAGACAGAACAAAGCAGCUUCCUACUGAACAAGUUCAUGAAGGAAAAAGUAUGUGACAUACAUGAUUUGCGAUGUGAAAGCAUUCACAGGGUAGCAACGUUGAUGAAAGACAUACUCUGGUUAUGUCCUGAUCGGAUUAUCUCCCGCAAAGCAUGGAGAAGCAUUAAUUAUCAAACUAUCACGACAGCCUGUAUGAUUGAGAACUUGGGAAAUAUUAUUAGCCACGAUGCCAUGGCUUUUGUUCUGGAAAUGAUGGAUUUCCUACUCAAAGUGAUGAAUCACAAAUCUCGCAAUAUUAUGACUGCCCGACGAUUGGGUGAAGCCAUGGGCAAAGUGACAUUUGGGCCCAGAGAUUGCAAUCAUAUGAUGGCUGAACGUUGCAGCAACUUGGUCACCAAGCUCUUGAUCGAGCGUUCAAGAAAGGGGUAUGCCAACUACAGUCCAACCCUUUAUUGUCUCGACAAAGCCGGCAGCCCAGUCAUAGCGGAGAGAAGCGCGCGACUGGCCAGCAAAAAAUCAUUUGAACGAAUAGCACAGCGAACUAAUGACUGGAGUAAAAAUCUGAACGGCGUAACUGAAUUGUUUGAUCCGUCUUUCAACUCUGACCUGCAGGAUGAACUUCAAUAUAUUAGUAUCUUUAGCACCGAACUAUCGCCUGAAGAAAUGGAAUUCGGUGACCCGACCUUGGUCCGUAUGGUUCAUAAUAUAAAUGAGAACUGUAAAGUGAUGCAAUGCGAUGACUCGAUUGAUUCCGACAGUGGACUAUCUUACGACUACAGCGAUACCAUUGUCAAUGAAUUGGAGAUUAGAGACUUACCGUCUUUCGACACGUCCAAUACCGUCCACAUGUAUUGCAACAAGAAGCAAUCAAAACGCCUCACCUGGUCCCUUGGCGAAGCCCUUGGCUUAAAACCAUCCAGCCCUAAAAAAUCAAAGGAAAUGUUGGAUAAGAACAAGAUGAGACCAAAGAGCUUGAUCACAGGUGUCAAUCGUCAGAUCACUCGUAUACGCAGUCUCAAAAACCUAAGCCUAGUAUAAUUGUAAGAUGCAGCCUGCUGCUUUUAUCAAAUCCCCAUUGGUCUUUUUUUUUCUUCUUUUACCAUCCAGAUCUUAUUCACUCCUUACGUAUAUCCCACUGCCUGCCUAUGAUAGCAUAUACCGUAUUCUUCUUUUCCUUAUUGCCUAUAUUAAUAUAUCGUUUUGUUGAGCGCUUCCACCCAAC